UCAGAAGUUACGUAUUCAAGACGAAAUUUACGUAAGCACGUGAUUAAUGAUUUAUAAAUGGAUUGUUUUUAAAUUUUCUUAACCAAAAAAAAAAUUUAAUCUAUCUAUUUUCUUGAGAAAGACUUGUUAGGUACACUAGUAAAUGUUGCUCAAAAUGAUUGUUCUAUGGAAAUGAUUAACGCAAACACAAUUAAUUUAAUAAAAAGUGAACUUUCUUCUCCUCCUUUAAAAAGAAAAAAAUCUUUUAUUGAAGAUUCGAACCAAGAUGCAACAGAUUCAGAGCAGGUUUCUGAACACAACACAUCUCGGACUAAUAAUGGUCAUUUUGAGAUGACAAAUUUACCAAAAAAGCCUUUGACCCCAUAUAUGAGCUACAGAAAUAUGGUUUUCCAAGACAUUAAACACAAACAUCCAGGUUGUUCACCAUAUGACUUGGCUUGCGUCAUAAGUGCAAAAUGGAGUUUGUUAAGUGAUGUAGAAAGAAAGGUAUGGGAAGUAAAGUAUGAAAAAGAAAUGAAAAGUUAUGAAAAAAAGUUGAGAUUGUAUCACCAAAAAGCUCUUAAACGGAAAACUAAUGAAGAUAAAAGUUUUUCACCAAUAGGUGAUGAAGUCCAUGAACUAAACAAAUUUGACACAUUGGAUUAUUGCUCAGGUUGUAAAAAACUUAAAGAGCUUCAAGGGUUUUCAGCAGAAAUUAAUGGCAGACAGGUAUAUAGAGGGGAUCUUUGUUCUAAAGCAUGUUUUUUAGAAGCUUCGAAGCAGUUAAAAUGCGUAGAUGGAAGUACUUAUAUCAAACAUAGUAACAGCGAUCCAGUGUCAGUUAAUUUAUCACCAUUUAAUUGGGCAGAAUACUUAUCUGAAACAAAUUCUGAACCUGCUGAUUGGAUGUACUGCAGACAGGCUUCUUAUCCCCCAUCAAAUGCGUUUUCAGUUGGGAUGAAACUUGAAGCACGAAGACACGAUCAAAUAAAAGAUUCCAAUCAAAUUAUUUUUAGUCUUGCUACAGUAGCCUUUAUGAUUGGUCCUAGGUUGCUUCUUCACUUUGAUGGCUCUUCUUCAAAGUAUGAUAUAUGGACACUAUGUGAUUCAUGGGAUAUACAUCCUGUUGGUUGGACUGAUCGUGGCUCUUUGCUUCCACCAACAGGCUAUAGGCAUGACCCAAAAAACUACAUGCAAUUUUAUUCUUUAAAGAUCCAGAAAGCAGAACUUGCAACUGCAAGAUGCUUCAAAAAAGUACCUUCAAUGCCACCUAAAAAUUGUUUUGAGGUUGGAAUGAAGUUAGAGGCAGUAGAUAAACAGAAUCCAAGUGUAAUAGGUGUGGCCUCUGUUGUUAGAGUUCAAGACGAAUUAGUGUAUAUAGAGUUUGAUGGUUACCCUGGUUUAGGAUAUUCCUCUCAUUAUGGAGAUCGUGAUUUUUUUCCAGUUGGCUGGUGCGCUCAUGCAAAGCAUCCACUACGAAUUCCAGGUGAUGCAAAAAAUACUUUAUCAAAUAUUGGAUCUUCUUGUUCUAGUUCCAGAUACUCCCCUAACUCUUCUUCAAAACUUUCUAUGCAUGAAAUCGCUAUGCAUGCAGAAAAAACUACUCCAAUGAAGCCUAAAACACUAAAUCAAGCGGAAGUUUGUAUCAAUAUAGAAUGUGUUUGUGGCCCUUACAUUGAUGUAGAAAAACUUAGAAAACUGACUCCAAUUCGCAAAGGAGAAAUCAUACAUGUUCUUAAAGGAGUUUUAGAAGACAUCAUUGCUUGUGCAAUAUCACCAAAAACUGUUAUAGGGUUUCUGAAGCCUGGUAGAGGAAAUUGUGUAAUCACUACUGUUUGUGAAGGCACAACAUUUCAAUGCUGUCUUACUGUUAUUGAUCAUGUUUCAUCAUUAUGGGAUAUUCUUAAACAGUUUGCAGACAAUUUAAGGUCUUGUCCUAACUUAUUUUCAACUGAAAUGUAUGCUUCUUGUCCACGUUGUUUAAACAAACCUUCCACUGCCAUCUCCAUACCAUUGAUUUAUCAGAGGUUAACAUCAAACCCUGGUUCUUAUCUGGCUUCUUCUUUUCAAUAUCCUAAAAGCUCUAGGUUUAUUGAAUUUGAAGAUGGUGACAUUCAUUCAGUUAUGGAUUUGGAAAAAAAUGAGCCAUUAAGUUUGAACCAGAUAAAGUGUAAUCAAGACUCUCGGAAUCCGGAUAAAAAUACUAAAAAACAUGUAACUUGGCCGGCAAUAUCUCAGGCUGAAGUAUUUAAUUAUCAACCAGUUUAUGCAGAUACAGCAUCUCAAACAGAAUCCUUUUGUUUCACUUGUAAUUCUCUUAGUCAUAAAUGUAGUCUCACAGACAAAAAUAGGUUAAAAGAUGGUGGUGUUGAAAUUGAAAGUGCAGAAAUAUUGAGUAAUAUCCAAGCUGCUGGUAUCGAUAUUAUGAAUCGCCCUAGCAUGUGGAAUGUGGAUGAUGUUGUUCUUUUUUUAAAGAAAACUUGCAUUAAAGAAUUUUCUCAAGUAUUUAAAGACCAUGAAAUUGAUGGUAAAGCCCUACUUCUUUUGCAAAAUGAGCAUAUUCUUCAUCAUAUGGGUUUUAAACUCGGACCAGCCGUCAAACUUCUGGAUUUGAUUGAAGAUUUGAAGGUUGCGGAACGUUCUUUUUCAAAAACGAAAGAGUUUAUUGAUACUUUGACUCCAUAGGUGAAUAAGAAAUCAUUUUUAAAUAACAGCAAGCUAAUAUAUAUGAAUAUAAUAAAGUAAUAAAUA